CCACUGGAACCUGAUAUGGGCGACUCUCUGUCUCAUUCACAGUCCAGUCACCCCAGUUUCUCAGCGCAGACAAGUGGUGUUUUUCAAAUGGAUGUGUUGGCCAUUCCUGCAGACAGGCAUAAAGGAUGGUACCUUUCUCUGAUGGCACCCAACACAAAAGGACCGAAGUUUGCCUGGCUGGACCCGUCCAGACUCUACUGCAACUCCAAGGCUCUUGCAGAUUGUGUCAAAGACCUUCUCAUUCCAUUUCACAACGACACCAUUGACCUGGUAGCCGGGAUAGAUGCAAUGGGAUUCAUUCUUGGGGCUUCUGUUGCCACCACCCUCGGAAAAGGUUUUCUGGCUGUCCGCAAAGCAGGACACCUGUGUGUCGCAACCCAAACCCAAAACUACACUGACUAUACGGGAAGAGACAAGACUUUGGAAGUAAGGCUGGAUGUGCUAAACCCAGGUGUGAGGGUGCUGUUAGUGGACCAAUGGAUAGAGACUGGUGGCACCAUGAAGGCAGCAAUCCAACUGGUGGAGAGGCUGGGUGGCACUGUUGUAGGUGUGGCAGCCAUGGCCAUCGAGAACACUGAGGGAGGAAAGUGGAUUAAAGAAAAUUACAAAUACUCUCACUGCAUCCACGAAGAGCUCCAGAGCCAAAUUGAUCGAAAGUGUCUUGAAUCCUUCAAAAACUUCAUCAACUGAACAACAAAACAUUUUUAUUACCUCUGUAAAGAAGAAAAGGGGAAUAGUGAUAUUUUCUAAGACGGAGAUGGUGAGGAAAUCUGAUCUGCAUAGACAUUGUAUUUUUUAAGAGAGUGAAAUCUCUGUUUAAUAUGACAUCUUUUCAACUAACACAAGCUGUACUGUGAGUUCAACUAAAUAAUUUUCUUAAAAUAAAUGUUUCUUAUUUUCAAAUCA